UCCUGUAGACGGAUCACUGCUGUUGGAAAAAAAACUCGUGACCAAACCAAACACGGAACUGAAAGCAAACUUGCUAACUUUCCCAUAAUUCAAACGUCCUUUAUGUUUUCUUGCUAUUUUUUAUGUGCAUUAAGAUGUGUUUAUCUAAAGCUUGCAUAGUCACCUGUUAGACUGUCAAACAGAAACACAACUCGGACCACCCACGCAUUCAUCACUUUCACGGAAAUCAAAGUACGUAACCAAGAAGGAAACGCAUUGAGAUUAUCUUCGCAAGAAAACGGCAACAAACACACCAAAGGCAAUGGCAAGCGCACCUCCAAUGGAGACAGCAGCACUUGUGGGACACCCACUACCACCAUCAUAUGAAGAGACAAUAGGUACAAACCCACAGUACCCACCAGGAGGACCAAUGCCUUAUCCUACCACUGAUUCGAAGGUCUAUCAGCCUCAAUAUCCUCCACAAGGCUAUGGACAGAUGUAUCCACCACCCCCACAACCGGUCAAUGCUCCUGUUGUGUCAGUUCAGACUGUGUAUGUUCAGCCUGGUGCGGUGUUCAGAGAAGCUCCUGCGCAAGUACUUUGUCCGGUAUGCUCACAGACUGUGAUAACUGAACUGGAGUACACAUCAGGUGCAUUAGCCUGGCUCUCUUGCGUAGGCCUGGCCAUUUUCGGGUGUAUUUAUGGGUGUUGCCUGAUCCCCUUCUGUGUGGACGGUUUGAAGGACGUAACGCACCGCUGUCCAAACUGCAAGAGAACUUUAGGAGUCUACAAAAGAAUCUAAACCAUUUGCUGAGCAGUUAUGUAACACCUCUGUCAGUGUGUAGCCUUUAGCAUUUUCUGUAAUACCAACAUACAUACAUCAUAUAUGUAUAUACUAUCAUACAUACAUACAGUAUACGUAUAUAUACACUGUAAACAAAUACUGACUGUGAUUUCAUAAAAAAUGAAUAUGUGAUUUAUUCAAUUAUGUAUUUGUGUAGUGAUAUUUGUUAAAUAACACAUUAGUUACUGUGAAGUAAUGCUUACAAGGCUCAAUGCAUAUCUUUAUUCUGUUACCUGAUUUUGAGAUAAAACAAAUACUACAUAUACACGCAUCCCAGAUAAAACAAGGUGCAUAUUUCAUAGUUUCUGCAAUCUGCUUUACAAAACCCUACUAGUGGUUUAACACUCUCAUAAGUUAAAUAAACAAAUACACAAACAUAAAAAAGAUUCAUGGCAAAAUUUGCUGAAGAUCCUCCACUUCAUAGAUCCAGUUUUUUCUGUGAAUCGUUGCGUUUUCAGAAAGAUCUGCCAUUUUGACAGCACGUAGCACUGGUUCGGGACUAUGAGACUGAAUGACCCCCAUAACCAUUACAUAUUUACCUGUGAACAAAAUAUAAUAGAGUUUAUGGACCAAUGCAAAUAUCUGUAUUUUAUCUCAAUAUUAACAAUUUAAGGUUAGUAAUAGAAAUGGAAUCUUUAAACUAAAUAGGAUUAAAUGUUUUUCUUUCCUUAUACAUGUUAUGUCUAUAUUUUUUUCCAACUAUUAUUGUUACUUAAUCAAUACAGGUCAAUACAGAUUAAAACCAUUUUA